CUUGCUCAUCCGUUCGCUCGCUCGCUCGCGAUAGUACGGCACGCGCGUGCAAAAACGUGAGCAGAUCCCAUUUCCAGUUCAGUCAGUCACCACGGUCGACUAACAGGACGUGUGUCGUGUGCUUUUUCUAGCGUCUACUAGUACUACUACCACGCACGCAACCUUCUUCCGUAGUCGAGCGCGUACCAACACGAGUGGCAGCGUACGAAGACAUUUGACAAGCGCCUUCACCAUAAUGAUUAGCAUCUGGUACAACAAUGAGUCUAACCUAGAUUGGGUCCGCAAAGCUAACCGAUAGUAUAGAACCUACCCUAAUAAAGGGUUCGGCAGAAAAUUACGCUAUCCGAGAAAAGUUAGCAAACCGCAACAGCCGCCACACUGUCCACAGCAACAACCAACAGCAUCAUCCUCCACCAGCAGCAGCAGCAGCAGCAGCAAACCCUCACCGCAACAGCAGCAGCAGCUUCAUUCCGCCGACGUACCGCAUUCCAGUACAUCGCAGUCCUCGCGCCGUCCGCAGCACUCUUCUACGUCCGCUUCCUCGUCGUCGGUACCGACCCUUCCCACCACCUCGGGCGAGCCACGGGCCGCUGGCAGCAGCAGCAGCAGCAACAGUCGACGCAACUCGAAGCAACUGCAACGCGACGAGCUGGCCGCCAAGAUGGGCAAGCACGACAUGAAGCGCGGCAUCUCCCAGCGAUCCUCGGAUGCCGGCGAAUCUCCCAAGCAUUAUGCUUCAACAAAUUUAGUUGGCAAAUUUACACAAAGCGUCCGACGAAUAGUGCAAGACGUUAAGGAUGAAGGUUCGCCGAGUGGUAUGAGCCGCGAGGAGCUGCUCGAGACAAACGAACGGCUGCGGGCGGUCCGGCUCCGGUUGGAGGAAUCGUACGAUACCGCCAAGAAGGCGCUGGUCAACCUGAUGAACAAAUACGGCGACUCCAAGAGCCAGCGCAACAUCUUCAAUCGCUACCCGAUGCUGAAGCUCAUGAUCAAGGAUGUGAUCCGGCUGGAAACGCAGUACUGGACGCUGGUCGAGAUCCCGAAGCAGGAGAAGCUAGAAACGGUGCCGGCGUUCGUACUGCGUGCCUGCAGCAUUAUGGAGAAGUCGCAAAAGUCGGGCGAGGGCGUGAAGACGUCCGCCAAGCUUGCGGAGGAAGCCGCCGAACGGCGCGAACGGAUGGAGCGACUGGAAACAAUGACCACGGCACAGAUCGAGCAGGAAAACACGCAGAUGAUCAACGAUCUGUACCGUCUGCUCAAGAAGUACACCGGUCUAAGGAACUUGAUUCGAGAGCUGAAGUCCGAGUACGGUAACUCCAAAAUCUAUCCCAUCUUCCCGCGGUACACGAUGCUGAAGGACAUGAUCAAGGACAUCAUGCACGACCCGGACUACAUGGAGGUUUGUCACGAGGUGGACAACUGAAAUCACCAGAAAUAAAACCCGCUCGUCAUCGCAUCGAACGUCUAGCAGGGCUGCACCCGACCGGCAGCACGGACCUAGACACUCUGGUAUGAUGAAGGGCGAGUUUUAUAUAGUUGCUGGAACUGUGCGACGAUCGUGCGCAUAUGUUUUUUUGUGUUGUUUUCGCUUCGUUUCGCACCAUCUUCUGGCGAUGAUGCGUUGUGGACCCCAUUUUUGAGACUGGACUGGACCGGGUGGGACGGACGGUAGGUGGGCGUGUGUAACGCGGCACCUAAUAUCAGGCUGUUAAACAAACAAAAGAAAAGAUCACAGAAGCGGAAGCCACCACGACCUACGCCAUAUCUUCAACGCGCGCCUACAAUACACGCUCGCAUAUCAUAUUAGUUCGCUUGUGCUGGAUACUGCUGUCCGCGGAAAACCCAGCCAACCCAACAGCCCAACAGCAGGAACACCAUCAUCAUCAUCACUCUUCAUUGGUGCUGUGGAGAAUGAAGCUCUGGAAUUGGUGCUCUCCUCUGAGUAGGUAACACGGUGAGGAUGGAUUUGGUGGGGAGCAAAAACGGAGGACAAAAUGUGAAUCUACAAUCAACAAGGGCCUUAUAGUGAAGGGGGGAGGAUGAGGGAGAAGGAACAAAUUCGCAACACCACGAUUAGUAUACUACUCCACUCCCUCCUUCCUCCCUUUCCCUCCUGUAGGGAUUGUCCUUACGAUGCGAGAAAGAGAGUUUUGGAUUUAUGUCUUUGGCCCCAACACCACCAUCAUCACCACCAUCAUCACCAUUACCAGUACCAGUACCUGGACAAGGCUGGACGGUUAGUUAAGGGGAUUGGGAUACACUUACAUUCGUUGACCACCGUUCGCCGCUUGUUCGGUCCCCAGGCCGGAGGGGAGAGGAGUCAGGCGUCUACAAGACGAUGCUCCUAAGUACCGCGCAUUGGUUAUUUUAAGAAACGUCACAAUGCUUUAUCACAUCUUUAUUCGAAGACAAGUAAGUGCAGCUUCGACACAAUCGCUAUAAGCAUCAUAAGCAAAACCGAGGAGCAGUUUGGAGGAGUUUUUGGUUUUGGUUUGUUGUUUUAGUCGCAAAUAUCUUACCUAUCCAAAAAACCAAAAACGUACUUCCCGGGCUGGAACAGAGCAUGGAGAUGGAUGAGCGUGGAGUGAAGCACCGUGAAAGCAGAAUCAGAAAUGAGAAGUAAAACUUACAAAACACAAAAGUUAUUAACAAAAAAAACAAAACGUUGAUGAAAUGACCCACCUAUCUCUACAUGAAUAAUGUAUUCAAUACAAAAUGAAAAAAGCGGGAAAAGCGGAAAGCAAAGGGAUGACAGAGGAACACAACUAUUUUUGCACAGAUAGUAUUUACAUAUUCAAUCGAGUUUUGGUUUGUGUUGUACCUUUGGAUCAAAAAAGAAACUAGAUACACGUACAUACAUACACACCCACAUAUGAAAAUUUUUUCGCACACGUACACUACCUUCACCCACCAAUGGAAAACACACACAAUCAACUCAACGUAGGACAAAAACAAACAAACAAAAACACCCGAACACAAUCGAUACACACACGUAGGACAUACGCACGAACCACGCAGGAACCAACAAUUGUGGCACAAACAAAACAAGGUAAAAACAAACAAGAAAAAAAAACAUAGUGCAAGCGAACUCUACAUUAGAAAAAAACACACUAAAUGCUAAACAUUUAGCAACUAAAAGCCAAAAGACCAAUUCAAUAAAAGGAAACAAAAGAGAAGAAAAAGGAAGAAACAAAAAACUCAUCACUCUAUACACGAGAACGUUAGGCGACACGAGAGAAGGCGACAGGCCAAAAAGAACAAACAAACAUUUUUAACCUAUGCCUUAGGCAUCGGACUUGACAUAUUGCAAGAGCAACAUACACACACAAAAACAAGAGUGAACGAAAGAAGCAGAAGAAGCAAAAAAAAACAUAGGGAAACAACUACCAGAAUAAAUUUAACAAAUAUCAUUAACGGAAAACAAAACUAUUUGCGAAACAAGAAAAUACACACACACGCACAGACAACACUACCAGAAUUCAACACAGAGAGGACAGAAAGGUGGCGCACCGGAAGAUAUCCGUUUGAUUUCUGUUCGAUUUUAAGUGUAAGUGUGUGUGUGUGUGUGUAUGUGGGAGUGCUCUAAGCCCGUUUCCUUCCGGUCGCCCCAAGGACGAUGGACGAAGUGGCCUCUCUCUUUAGAAGACGCGUAACAAAUUUGAUACAAAAAAUGACUAAAGUAACCAAAAAAAAACAACUCUAACAAAGUACACGUCGUAACGAAACAAAAAAAGAUAUUAGAAAGAUAAAAAAGGAAGAAUAGAAAAGCCACACCAAGACAAAAACAUUAAACUACAUACAACACAACACAAAAACAAAAAGAAAACAAACAAACACACACACAACCGCUACUCAUCCAUAUUGGAGCUUCUCGCCUUUUUUUACACAUGUUUAAUGCAGAGAAAAGGAAAGAGAAAGUAAGAGAGAAGGAGAAUGAGUAGUUGCAGAACAUAACAAAUAGCAAGUGAACAAGCGGUAGUGAUGAAAUUAGAAAUAAUGGUAAUAUGUGACAAAAGAAAACAGAAGAAAAAACAAACAAACAAACAAACAAACAAACAAAACUAGCACAACCAAACGAACAAAGACAAACCAAACCAAACUAAACAAACAAACACAAAAAAACAAAGCUGGCAAAAAGGCAGCACAAACUGGAGUAAGAAUAUAUUCAAUAUUAGCUGUGAAAACAAGCUGAAUAAAACAACCACAACAAGAACACAAACAAACGCACACAAAAAGAGGAGGAAGAAAAAAACAACAUAUUCGUGGAUAACAAUAACGUAGAUAGAAAUCAAUAAUAGUGAUGUAAACGUACGGUAUGGCAAAGAGGAAAAUUGCAGCAACAACAGAUGUAAGAACCACCCUUAAAAAGGGAGAAGGGAGGGAAGGAUACCAAGUAGGCGACUUAGAAAGAAGCUAGUAGACGCAAAACCGGAACGGUAUACAGACAGAACCGAAAAAAACCAAAACCUCACAGCACAUUUGGUCCCUCCUACUGAGUUGCCGCUAGUUUCUUAUCCGUAUAUGUAACCAACAGCAGCUCAGCCAACAGUUUAGUAGUUAUGCGAAAGACAUCGUGCUUAUGCCAUUUGUCCCAAACCAAGGUGUGUUUGUGUGUGUGUGUAUGUGUGUAAGUUGGUGUGUCUGUUUCGUCUUUAACUCACUAUAGUAUAGUGACUAGUAUAGUGAGAUUUGCAUAAGUGGUCGUUUAUCACCACGGUUUGUACUAAAUACACUUAAUGAAGGCUUGUUUGAAGUUCACCAUUUUCUAAAUUAUAUCUUUUACUGACACUUCUUCUUCGUCUACUACCAGUUCCAAGGGUUUAGGAUUACCUUCUUUAUUAUAGUUUUAGUUCUUACUUGCUCAUUCUUCAUUCUUCCUGUGUACUAAUUUCUAGCUGUACUAAUUACUAAUUCUAUGCCUACUUGAAAAUUGCAUACUUUAAGGCGUUAACAUCCAGUACAUCGGAUCUUGAUUUUGAAAGAUGUAUUUUUCUUCUUUUUCCAACUUUUUUCUUUCCCUUGAGAUGACUCAUUGUUACCAACCUUUAUGUUUUGCCUCGCUACUAAAGGCAACGGUAACAUGAGCUGACGGCCUGUUCUGCCGACUAAUAGUGGCGACCUAUUUGCAGGUUAUGCUUUGCCCAGCAGUCGUACGGCAUCGCGCAUCAAAACAGCCCCUGCAUUUAUGCAACCAUGCGUCGAGGUCAAACGAAACCGUAAGUUCAUUUAGUGCAAGGGCAUGAAAGUGAAGAUACUAUGACGAAACAGAUACACACAUACACACACACACCCACAGCCACACAUGUAAACACAUACGAGUGCAUGUGACGCAGCUCACCCCAUGUUAGUAGUCGUUUUAGCUUGCUUGCGCGCUUUACGUUUGUAGACAUUUUAAAGGCCCACCCUCACGCUCACGAACGAAAGCGAACGAGUCGGACCGUUGUGGCAGUAUUUUAGUAUAAAAAAUAAUAUUAACAUAGUAUUUGUGGUUCCACAUUCUGUUCUACCGUUAGAGCCGGGCUUCGUCCUAUGACCGCUAAAGGAUUCGUUGCAAGUUAAAACAAAAGCAGGCUCCAAAAUCCCAUCCAAUACACGCACACACACAGACGCACACAUCCACAAAAGCACACAAACACACGCACAAAUUUAACUGAUAAUCCAAUCCUUAAUCACUAAUACUCUCCCCCAUUUGCCCACCAUUUAAAAACAAUCGGGGCUUUACGCUUCACUUAGGUUUUCUCCUACGGGUGGGAAAUAUAAAAAAGAGCAAGAAAGCAAGAGAGAGAGAGAGAGAGAAAGAAAGAUAGAGGAGCAUUAGAGUGUUGCGCAUUCAGAACAUUGUACAUAACGCCGCAUUGUUGUAUAGUUGUGCUUAAGUUUGGCUUAUUGUGAAGAAGCAAGCAAAAGAAGAAAAAAAAACAAAACAAAACAAAUAACACACGAGACGAUGAAUCUACAGCGCGAACAAAAACCAAAUGAAAUGAGUACAGAAGUAGGUGGUGAAAUUAACAAAAAAGAAAGAAGAAAGAAAGCAAGUAAAAACACCGUAUUAAAAGGGCACCGGAAUGCACUAGAACAGAAGCAGCAGCAGAAAAAAACGAACAAACAGCAAAUCAACCAAUAUUAUAUUAUACAUCGCGCGCGCAUCGGCAUCGGCAUGGGCAGACGUGAAAAAGUAGCAGAACAGCAGAAAAAACAGAAAAAGACAUACUCACACACACACAUAUGACGAGUAAUGUGACGAUUAGUAAACACGCAUAGGAAAGCUAUUCAAAAAAGAAAACAAGGCAAGUAACCAACAAAGCAAACAAACAGAAGAAAAAAAAAAUGGGAGAAAAUCAGAAACAGAAGAGAAUGAUAGGCAAAAAGGAAGAUAAAAAAACCGUGUGCUUCAUAUUAUAAAACAUUGUCGUAGCAAUUGUCAAUGCCGCCGAAGAGGCCGGAGGGGCAUAUUUAUAUAUAUACACAAUACAAUAUACAUAUACAUAUACAUAUUCUUAGUUGAUAUAUAUAUAUAUAUAUAUUGAUUACGAUAUUGGCACUGGCGCACUACGAGCAUCCGGCAGCAAACAACAACAACAACAACAAAACGGCGCACACAAUGACGUACAUCCGCUUUCGCCUAUUUUAUGUUUGGUUUUAUGUUACCACAGUACAGUGUAUUUGGCGUUGUUUUUGCUUUAUCCAUUUUGUUUAGUUUUUGGUUGCCAAAAAAAAAACGAUCACCCCACUUGCGAAAAGAAGGACGAGCACCCCACGCACCGUUCGGCAACGGACUACCCCAUAUCAUGCUCAUACCCACCGAAAACAAAUUGUGUGCUCGAUUGGUGUGGUCGCGUUCGUCGUCUUAGGACGGUGGAGUAAAUCUGGUAAUACCUAGCUGCAGCCCUGUGUGUCACCUUACGACUCAGCACACCUUGGGAGGGUGGUGGGAAGGAGUGACCGCGAGUGUUUUAGUACAAGAAAUCAGUUGAAAACAUGCGCAAAAUGCGUUUCUUUUCUGCUUACAUGCUGUGGUCUUUUUUACUGUUUAAAUUCGACAAAACAAAGCGAAAAAAAAGAAAUACAUAUUAAAAUGUGAUACAUUUGCAUGAAGCAUCAAUUGGAACACGCACACGCACUAUUGAUUGGAACGGUGGAAGGUGGACUAAGACGAUCAAAUACCGACAAACUGAAACAAAAACAAAAAAAAAACACGAAAAUGAGAUACACACACACACGGAGCAAAGAAGCUAGAAACGUGAAAAUUAUGUGACCGUGAAAUCAGCUUUACGUCGAAGGAUCUUAUCGAUCGGUGUACGGGUGUUACUGCUACUACUGCUACUGCUUGCACAACAUCACUCCGAACUGAAGAAGAGGAAGCAAUACAAAAGAAAAGGGAACGACAGUAGAGAAGAGAGUAGAAAUGCAGUAGGAUGAACACACUUGAACAGGAUGACACACGACGGCACAGGGCGAACGUAAAGGGACACACAACGGCACGACUAAUCACUUGACACGAUGAUACGCCCCACGGAAGAGAAGAAAAACACACCGGAAGGAAGCAGUUCAAAAGCAGUGGAACAGAAUGAACCUUAUUUUUACAGAAUGAUUCGGAUGCUUUUGCUCUUUCGGAUGCACGGUCCCCUUGUUUUGAUACAUUCCAGACACAUUCAUGUGCACCGUUCACUUUUACGCGCUUUAAAUACAAUCACAAACUAUUUCUUUUUGGAUUUGAUCCUUACUAGAACUACAAACAUUCCUUCCACGAGCGUUCCUUCCGCUAUGUUAGCUCACCCUGACCCAUCUUUAUCAUCAUUCCCACCUGCAGAACGAUUUUCACUUAAAAUGGGUGGAAAAUAAGACUAAAAAAAGAAGAAUGACAUACAAUCUCAGAUCUGCUCAGUACAAUCAUACCAAGAAAUCAGAAACAAACGACAACAGAACAACUUUUAGGAAAACAAAACUUUCCUAACAAAGCAAUUACGAAAGGUACGAACACGUACACGUACGAUCACGAUCAUAGAAGGAGAGAAACAAAUUUAAAAAAAAGAAAAAAGCAAGAAAAAGCUCAAAUUUGCUUGUCUGCUCCUGUUCGUAAAAGCUCAAAACAUACACACAAAACAAAAAAGGCGCCAAAAUACCUUUCCAACGCCACGAACCCUCCUCCAAUUUGAAGGGGGUUGAGAAGAGAACAUGAAACAGAGAAGCAGUGUAAACAUAAAAAUGCCGCCCAAUUCACAUUCCUAUCAUCAUCAAAUACUAAUAAUAUUACACAAUUAUGAUAACAAAUAAUAAUAAUAAUAUUAAUAAUACUGAUCUAUCCCGCACAACACACCAAACCGGAAGAAAGGAGAAAGGAAAAAACGCCCAAGAACCCCAGAAACAGACAAGCAAACAAGCAAACAGUUAAGAAUACGGAACAGGUAACAACAAACCCAUAUGGAAAGAGAGAGAGAGAGAGAGAGCACGGAAAGGCACAAACACAAACAAGAGAAGGAAAGUCCAAAAAAGGAUAAGAUGAGACAAAACAGACAAGGACAAGAUAAGCAAAACGGAAAGACCAUGCCGUUCAAGGUGUUUCAAUCCAAACGCCCCGCGGGUGUGUGUGUGUGUGUGUUUAUUACAACAAUCGGACUCGUUGCGAUCGGUGUUUUACGUUGUGUAUGUUUUUAAUGCAGUGUUUUCUUCUUUCGUUCAUCACUAAUACAAUCAUCACGCAAAUUGUAUACACACACAAACAGACACACAAACAGACACACAACACGUACAUCGUCUUUGUAAUGAUGCGUAUUUACAAUAUUUAGCUGAAUAAACAUGUUUGCUUGGUUGAA